CACCACGCACGCACUCAGAACUCUUUAUUGAUCUCCCUCGCGAACGCACGAACUCGCACUCAUUCAGCCACUCAGCGAGAAGUCCACAAACGCCUCUCCUCAGCAGGCUUUCCAGCGACAAAAAAACGACAGAAACCCCAACGGUCACAGAGGGGAGAGGCGGGCCCGACGGAAGCAAAGCAGCCAAUCGCAGCCGGGAAGUCCUGUCUCUCGUUCCAAUUACAGCUCAGGUUCAGGGGGUGGGUGUGGCGAGGGCUGGUCUCUCCUCUUUCCUCCGGGAGGAGGCGGGACGGAGGAGGAGUUUUUGAUUUCUGCCGUACGUUUCUUCCGGGACCGAGUCCGUUUCUGCGCAUGUGCAUUCAGUUUUCAAAUUUUUCCCUCCCUCCUUGCCGGGAAUUUAGCGGCCUGAGGGGACCGCGGUGAGGGUCCGUGGGUUCUUGGGGACAACAGCCGGAGUGACUCCCUAGUCUACGGAGGGCAUCCCGAAACGUCUCCCCUCAACCUGGGCCAGCGACCUGGCUUGAGCCGGCCAGCACCCUUCCCUCCGCCCGUGUGGCUCGGGUCCCCAUCACGGACUUGGGCCGAUGAGGCCGGGGAGCUGUGGUGUGGCCAUGGCUUCCUCAGACCUGGAUCACUUGAAAAUUAGAUACAGAACAAGAUUUUGCUAUACUUCAAGGAUUCCUGAUACUGAUCUAUGGCAAGGCCAGAACAUACUGGAAAACAUACAAGACUGUUUUGAAGAAAAAAGUUCUGAUACUGGUUUUAGCACAAAUCCUGGAAGUCCAACUCUUUGUUCAACUCCUUGCAAAUUAAGAAAUGAUUCUUAUUCAUCACCAAAUAAAGAAGACCAGAUAUCACCUUCAAAAUCUAAUAGGAUUUCUUCGGUGAAAAAAAAUGCUUCACCCUUUUCACAGCAGCCUGCUAUAUUACAAAAUCAGACAAAUAGCAGUUCAGCCCUAUACCCUGAAAUUCCUCAAAAAUUUUCACAAGGCGAUUUAAUUGGUUUGAAGAAGACACCAAAUUUAAGAUAUUCGAAUGGAGCUGAAGAAUGUAAUAAAAUUCCUAAUGAAGUUGUGGAAGAAUUUUACUUAACAGUUGGAUCACCUGGUCUUUUGGCCAAGGAAACAGAGAUAUUACCAUUACCUCAGCAAGCUACUCCUACUACACAAGAUAGAUGGAGCCGUGUGUUUGGGAAUUCAGUCACCCAGCAACCUUUGCUUCCCAAAUCGAGUCUUAAAACUAAAAAAAGCUUAAAUUCUGAAGAUAUAAUGGUUUGGUCUGCUGUGAAGAAAGCAGAAAAAGGUGUUAAAAUAUCAGAAAGACAACAAAAGAGGGCACCAUCAGAAUCUUCUGAGCAAACAAUACAAGAUCCCAAACAGAAAAUUUCUCUGAAAACAGACACAGAUUUUUCAACAUUACUUUUACAAGCAGCUAAAAGUAAUUAUAGAAACAGUUCUGUCCUUAGGCGUGUGUCACCACCAAAGACCUAUUCUCCUUCCCCCCCUCCAAAUGACUUAGAAUUAUCAAAUGAUGAAUUUAUAAUCGAUGAAUCAGAUUGCUCUGUCUCUCAAGAUUGGAUUUUAAUACCUAACAAGAAUAGCAAGUCUAUCAAACAAAGCAAGGCAGCCCCUGUGGAGAGUUUCCAGGACCCAGAAAGAAAAAAGGCAAGGAUAGAGCAACAGCAAGGAGGAAAUUGCAACACAGCAAGUGAUAAACAUCCUGAUACAGAGAAUGGAAUUUCAGAUUUUACUGUUGGAAAGAAGAUCUCAAAAUCCAUAAAACAUAAAGCUCAUGCAGUGGAGAAAUCACAUUCUAAAAGAAAAAAAUUAUCUCCUGAAAUGGGAAAUGCUUCAAAAUCCACAAGACAUACACUAUAUUCUGAGGAAACGGAACAAUUUUUUGAAAAGAAAAAGACUGUUGUGCAACAUCAGAGUGAAAAAUGUGUGGACCAAUUAGAUAAUAGACAAUUUGAUGAAGGUCUAGUUAAUUUUGCUGAAGAAAACCAAGAUAGUUUCCACAGUGAGCAAAAUAUUGCCAAAGUGGAUAUUGCCUUAAGAACUACUAAAUCCCAAACUAACUCAAUGGAGAAAACACAAACUACAGAAAGGAGAAAGUUGAGAAAAUGCCAAAAUGGAGUAUAUAAGCAUAAAGUAGGUGGGAAGCAUCAGAAAAGAUUUAAUGUAUCACAAACGAAUCAUGACAAAUUACAAAGCGCAUCUGACCAAAGUUUGGGACAACAGGAAGAAAGAGCAGAAUCUUGUCACUCUACAAAGCAAAAACUGUCUGCUGCUGGAGAAGAAAAAAAAUAUAAUGAAGCUUCUCAACAAAUUCAGAAAAAAGGACUAAAGAUAAGAUCUAAAAACCAACAAAUGUCUGUGAAGAGAGAAAUUACUCUGAAACAAAACCAAUCUCAAAAGUUCACUAUUACUAGAAGUCAGAGAAUUUCUAAGCGUCCGUCUAAUUGGUGGGUAGUUACAACAGAACAGAGUAUGCCUUACAGUCCUACUUUAGACUCACCAGUAAGCCUUAAAAAAAAAAAAAAACCAUCUAAAGAACCAAAGAAGAUACCUAUCAAGACUUUGGAGAAAGAAACUAUUCCACUCAAACAACAGGAAUCACCUGUUUGUGCCAAGCCAAAAAAAGCAUCCAUUCUAAACAAAAAAAAAAGAAAGAAAUUAUCGUAUUCAAGUGAUGAAAAUUGUGAUAUAGCCCUUACAAUUCCCAAAUUGGAUGAACAAGAAGGUUCAUUGAAAGAAACUCCAGGAAAGAAAAACCUCUGUUCUAGUACUGCAGAACCCCCUAAGAGAUCUAACAGUGAUGAUCAAACUGAUAAUCUGACACCAGCAGUGCUAACAUCAGAUUCAAAAACUUUUGUGACUUCAAACAUGGAAGAAAGUGGACCAGCCAGAAUAAGGAAUAAUGUUUUAACAUCUGCAAACAACAAAAUCUUUGGAGAUGAACAGGCAUGUUUUGGUGCAAUAGACCUUCCUGACAAAACGCCACAUGUUCGUCGUACCACAAGAAUUAAAAUGAAACCUUUGGAAUACUGGAGAGGAGAGCGAGUAGACUAUGAAGGCACAUUAUUAGAUGGAUUUGCGGCCAGUGGGACAAUAUCUGAUGACAGAGUUUCACCCAGAGAGAAGUCUAACAGAAAAAGGGAAAAAGCUCAUACAGAUUCUUGUGAAGAUGAACAAAAAAAGAAAGCUAUUGCUGCCCUGAAUGUAUCUCUUGGAGAUCCUUUUAAACCAACUUGUGUAUUUGAUCCAGGAAGAGAACAAAUGAUUUUCAGGGACCUAGUGAAGCUCAAAGGUACACAUGAAUUUUGUGUUCAGGAUGACACGCUGAAAAUGUUUAAAAUUUUGAAUACUUCAUUAUUUGCCACUGGCACAUUGAUUUUGGAGCCCUUUAAAGAAAAGGGAAAACAGUACGUCUGUUCAGAUACAGUGGUAUUCUUUAUUGUCAGUGGUGAUCUUAUAUGUACUUUACAUGAAACAUCUUACAACUUGACUACAGGGGACAUUUUCUAUGUUCCUUCAGGUAAUUUUUACAACAUAAAAAAUCUCCUGAAUGAGAGAAGCAUUCUUCUUUUCACUCAGAUAAAAAGUGAAAGACCAGAAAAAGAAAAAGAAAAAUAAACUACAUAUGUAUGCAUAGCAUUCUUGUAUAGGUGGACCGUUUUUCUUGGGAAUGACUUUUUGCCUGUGUUUGAAUCAUAAACAUUCUAUUUUGUGUACAUAAUAUAUAAAUAUUUUCAAACUUCUUUCA